CAGUGCUACGGAAGGGAUUCCCCGUGUUCUGAGGUGGCCUAGAACUUGAUAGUAAAGCCCAAACUAAUUUCUGUCAGUGUCAUUAUAUUUCACCCUUCCUUCUCCUUUAGCAGGAGUCAUUCCAUGAAGCACGCCAUGAAAAGGUGUAUUUUGUUAGGAAUUUUUGGCUUUUUAUUAUUAGCCGGUGUAAGAGCAGCAGAUGAAGAAAAAGAACCAGAAGUCGUAGAAGAUAUCGGAAAAAGUAGAGAUGCUUCAAGAACUGAUGAUGAAUCUGUACAAAGGGAAGAAGAAGCUAUUAAGCUUGAUGGCCUGAACGUGGCUCAAAUGAAAGAACUUCGAGACAAGGCCGAAAAAUAUGCUUUCGAAGCCGAAGUAAAUCGUAUGAUGAAACUUAUUAUUAAUUCUCUCUAUAAAAACAAAGAAAUAUUCUUGAGAGAGUUGAUAUCUAAUGCGUCUGAUGCUUUGGAUAAAAUACGAUUUGUAUCUCUUACUGAUAAGAAUGCUCUAUCUGCUACAGAGGAAUUAAGUAUCAAAAUUAAGGCUGAUCGUGAAAAUCAUGUAGUACAUGUAACUGAUACUGGUAUUGGUAUGACUAAGGAAGAUCUUGUUAAAAAUCUAGGUACAAUUGCUAAAUCGGGUACAAGUGAUUUCCUCACCAAACUAGGUGAAGCUAAAGAACAAGGACAUCUUAGUGAUUUGAUUGGCCAAUUUGGUGUUGGUUUCUACUCAUCUUUCUUAGUUGCUGAUAGAAUUGUUGUCACAUCUAAACAUAAUGAUGAUGAUCAGUAUGUAUGGGAAUCCGACUCCUCAUCUUUCUCUGUUGUUAAAGAUCCCCGUGGUAACACACUUGGACGAGGUACAACAGUCAGCUUACACUUGAAAGAAGAAGCCCAUGACUUUUUGGAAGAAACUACUCUUCGUAACUUAGUGAAAAAAUACAGUCAAUUUAUCAACUUUGAUAUAUAUCUAUGGGCUAGUAAGACAGAAGAAGUUGAAGAACCUAUUGAAGAAGAUGAAGAGAAAAAAGAGGAAGACGAAGAGAAAAAAGAGGAAGAUGAAGAUGCUGCUGUUGAAGAAGAAAAAGAAGAUGAAAAACCUAAAACCAAGAAAGUUUCUAAAACCGUCUGGGACUGGGAUCUUGUUAACAAUGUAAAACCUAUCUGGACCAGAAAAGCUGCAGAAAUUACAGAUGAGGAAUAUAAUGAUUUCUAUAAAUCCAUCAGUAGCGAUUAUGAUACACCCAUGACAAAAAUUCAUUUUACUGCUGAGGGAGAAGUUACAUUUAAAUCAAUUUUAUAUGUACCGACUAGUGCCCCAUCUGAUACUUUCCAAAAUUAUGGUAAAAAGAAUGAACAGAUUAAGAUGUAUGUAAGAAGAGUAUUUAUAACUGAUGAUUUUGAAGACAUGAUGCCAAAAUACCUCUCAUUUAUUCGUGGUGUUGUCGAUUCAGAUGAUUUACCUCUCAAUGUAUCUCGUGAAACUCUUCAACAACAUAAAUUACUCAAAGUCAUCAAGAAAAAAUUAGUACGAAAAACCUUGGAUAUGAUAAAAAAGAUUGAUAAAGACGAAUAUCAAAAAUUCUGGAAAGAAUUCAGUACAAACAUUAAGUUGGGUGUAAUUGAAGAUAGCACAAACAGAACUCGAUUGGCCAAAUUAUUGCGAUUUGCUUCCUCCAACUCUGACACCGAAUUAACCAGUUUAGCUGAAUAUUUAGAAAGAAUGAAAGAAAAACAAGAAUCUAUCUAUUUUGUUGCUGGAACAGGACGAGAUGAAGUAUCUAAAUCACCAUUUGUAGAAAGAUUAUUAAAGAAAGGUUAUGAAGUAUUAUAUUUAACUGAACCAGUUGAUGAAUACUGUAUUCAAUCACUACCUGAAUUUGAAGGCAAAAAAUUCCAAAAUGUAGCUAAAGAAGGCUUAAAAUUAGACGAUUCAGAAAAAUCUAAAGAAAGAAAAGAAGCUACAGAAAAAGAAUAUGAACCUUUAAUUACAUGGUUAAAAGAUUCUGCUUUAAAAGAUCGGAUUGAAAAAGCCACUAUUUCUGAGCGUCUGUCAUCUUCACCAUGUGCUCUUGUUGCUAGUCAAUAUGGCUGGUCUGGUAAUAUGGAAAGAAUUAUGCAAGCUCAAGCUUACGCCAAGGCUAAAGAUCCUUCACAAGAAUUUUAUGCGAACCAAAAGAAAACUUUAGAAAUUAAUCCCCGACAUCCUUUAAUUAAAGAAUUGAAGAAACGAGUUGAGGCUAAUAAAGAAGAUGAAACCGCUAAAGAUUUAGCUGUGGUUAUGUUUGAAACGGCUACAGUAAGAUCAGGAUAUAGAAUCUCUGACACCAUGGGAUUUGCUCAACGGGUUGAAAACAUGUUAAGAUUGAGUUUAGAUGUUCCUCUUGAUGCUAAGAUUGAGGAAGAACCCGAAGAUGAACCUGAAGAAGCAGAACAAGAAGAGGAGGUUGAAGCAGAUGAAGAAGAAGAAGAAAAAAAACAAGAAGAAGAUCAUGAUGAAUUAUAAUGAAGAAUACAGUAGAUCACGCCAUAUACAUCAUCACCUUUCUUUAACCCCUCAACUUAUCAUUUGAUCAUCUACCCACCAAUAAAUACUGCUAUUAUUUAUUUCUUUGGCACUAAAGGAUUGAGAGGGUGAGGGUUUAUGUUUAGUUAAAUUAAUCAUUCAAAGGUUACAAAGUGGACAGCGAACAUUUUUUUUUAAAAGUUUAAAUUUCAUGUACCAUCUAAAGGGGCUUAUAAUAUGUCUGAAGUUGUGAAUAGUAUGUGUUCUAAAAUUUACAAAGCCCAGUAAAGAUUGCACAAUCAAAUUCUGUUCCUUUUCUAUAUGGAAACUAAUAUUCUUGGUCAGUAUUGUUUGCUGUCUCUAUUUAAUGCAACAACUAUCAUUUCAUUUUCUUAACUGGUGCAACUGGAGACAUCAGAAUCACAUCAUUACAAACUUCCUCAUGUGACAACAGGAUUUUCAUCGCAGUCCAAACAGUGAUUAAUAUAAAGCAUAAGAUAAGAGAAUCAUGGUAUUAAAUGUUAGUGUAUAUUUAUAUAACAUGUAUGAUGUGAGUCGGGGUUUGAUGUUAUAAUUGUUAUGUUAAUAGAAAGAAUCAUUUUAAAUGGAUGUUAUUAUACGGUCAAAAGAGCUAAUUUCAUAAUUAAUAUUUACAUUUCUGGUUACACCAAUUGUAGAAACAGAAAUAGGGUCUUGAUCAUAAACACAAUGACACCCCCCCCCCCUUUUUUUUUUUGAAAGUUUUUAAUGACUUAAAAUCAGAUGUUAAAAUUUAGUUGUUAGACGUUGGUUAAUUUGAUUUUAUUUUUAAAAAUACACAAGCCAUCAAUCAUGGCAUAUUCCUACUGGAUGUUAUCAAGACUGUCAAUAGUAUUUUAUUUAAAAUGAAAAUAUUAUUUUGGUGUAUGUAGAUACAUGUACACCUAUUAAAACCUCUAUUUGAAUGCUAGUUUUUGAAUGUUUUUACUGUUUGUAUGACUGCAUCAUAUCAUGAAUUAUGAGGCUGAAUUUUUUAUUUGUGCCUUUGUGUAAUAUUUUGUUGAAAUAAAAAGUUAUCCUAAUAA